CAAGAGAAAUGGAGAAAUGGAAAACCAUCAUAUGGCUCUUCACGGGUGAAACCCAGCAACGGGCUCCUUAGCACCGGCGACCCACACGAGUAAACCGCCCUGCCUAUCGUUGGUCGACAUAGUUUCUGCUGCGAAUCAAGAAUGGCGGAUCUUAUUGGAGGGGCUGCCGUAGGACUAAUAUUUUCAGAGCUGUAUAAGGGCGUUGAGAAUCUGAUAGAAAAGACUAAGAAGUUCAGCCCCCACCUCAAGGCAAUCACGGCCACUGUAGACUCUUUGAAACCAGUGAUCGACCAGAUAGAGAAGCAAAACAAGGAACUGAAUCUCUCAAACGAGGAGACAGAAAAGUUGAAAAAGAUAAUCUCCGACGGCAUAAAACUGGUCGGCGACUGCUCGAAGAAUCCAAAGUGGUACAGAAAGGCAAGCUAUACAGAUAAGAUCACCGACUUGGACGAGGCUCUCAAAAGGCAGUUGGAAAUACUCAAGGCGCAGGGGCUGAGGGAUGGGAAGGAGACGCUGAUUAGGGUUACGGAAAUAAAGAAGUUGAUCAACCAACUACAAGCCUCCUUAUUACAAGCCUCGUGCUUGUUAUUGGUGCUCAUAAUUUUUCUUAUUUUGGUAAGUAGGGUCAUGUUUAGCGUUCCUGGAGGAGUGAGAGAGCAGCAGCUUGCAACAUCAUCGGCGUCAGUGCCUGGAGGGGGUAUAAUAUUGUCCCGUCCGGCGCGUUUGCAGUUAGGUUAUUUUGUGGUCUGGUUAUUUGGAAAACUUCUUGUGUAUGCCGUCUAUGGGGUCUUCGUUUGUAUGGCCAUUGGGAUCGUCUGUGGUUGCGUCGAAGCUAUUCAAGAUCAGUAUCGACUGGGUUUCUCCGGCCUGAAGCUCCCGGAAUGGGAUGAGCUUCGGGAAUUGCCUAUGAUGAUUGUCGGGCUGUGUAUGUGCCUCUAUCUUCUUAAGGGUCUUUUGGGGUUGACCAACUGGAUUAAUAAACAACUGUGAUUUCAUGAGAUUUGAAUUGAGUUGAGGAGUUUGUAAAACAAUUUGGCAUGUUUCCUAAAACCCUAUCUUUGGGCUUUUAUUUGCCCUCUUUUGGUUAUUUUCAGUAGACUUUAUUUGUUUUCGCCUGUUCCUGACCUUUUGGAUUUGGGACUCAUUAUUAAUUUAAUAGCGCCAUUUUUAAAUUUUUUUUUAA